CUAGCACUUUGCUGGGAAGGUAGAAGAACAGACGACAAGAAAAAUGCCCUUGGCUUGUAAACCUGUUUUCUCUGCAUUUGGAGUGGAGAUGCUACAACCUCCCUUGAGAUGGAAGUCGGAGGUAACCAAGAGCUGUAUCUCAUCACUAGUGAUACAUCAUUAAUAUUUAAUUUGAUACACUGCUCAUCCACCGACUCUUUGAAUCUGCUUCACUGCAGGUCAGAGUUUAAACGCUGACUCCAGCCUGAAUCCCAGGACCUUCACCCAUCCACUGCAAACCACGACUACUGUGUAGGACAGCAGAUUUCUGGGAGUCAUCUUUAUGUCCUGGUAGUCCAAAGACACAGAGUGGACUUUCUCCACUUGUCGAAAAGGUGAUCAUAAAUCUCCUGCUUGGGCCUUCUGGAUGCUGUCACCCCUUCUGUGAUCCAGAGGAUUAAAGUCCUGCAGCCUGGCUCUGGUUUCCUUUGGAAGGCAGUUUCUGCCUGGUGGGCUCAGAGGAGCAGCAGCCCGGUGGUCUUAGCGGUGCACGGAUAACUGCACGGCAAGGUUUGAGGAAGAGGGGACACCCCAUGUCCGGAGCCCCGGGGCCCGUGCCCCAGCUGCGGCCUGGGCGCCGUCAGGCGGGCGCUGAGGGGGCGGUGGCGCGGUGCCGGCCGCCCCCCCGCUGCGUGAGGAAAUGGCUCUCACGUGAGGGAGGCGGCAGCGCCCGGCUCUCCCUGCCCGCUGCCCUGGGAGGAGGCGCCAGCGGGUCUGGGGCCGGCUGCACCAUGCCGACGAGCUUCACGGUGGUGCCGGUGGAGGCGCAGGGCGAGGAGCGGCAGCGGGAUGGGCAGCGGCGAGAGGAGGAGGAGGAGGAUGAAGGCGACGAGAGGGACCGGGGCACUGGGGAUGGAAUUGCCAGGGAAAACAGUCCAUUUAUUAACAAUGCAGAAUUGGGCAGAGGAAACACGUAUGAAGGAAAGAAUAUGGCUCUCUUUGAGGAAGAAAUGGAUAGUAACCCCAUGGUGUCAUCUCUUCUGAAUAAACUAGCAAACUACACUAAUCUGACUCAAGGAGUGGUGGAACAUGAAGCAGAUGAAGACAGCAAACGAAAGGAAGUCAAGGGUCCACAAAUGGGCACUUUUAUUGGCGUGUAUCUUCCUUGUUUGCAAAAUAUCUUAGGAGUCAUCCUUUUCCUGCGUUUAACAUGGAUUGUAGGAACAGCUGGAGUUCUUGAGUCUUUCAUCAUUGUCUUCAUGUGUUGUGCUUGUACUAUGCUAACUGCAAUUUCAAUGAGCGCUAUAGCAACAAAUGGUGUAGUUCCAGCUGGAGGCUCUUACUACAUGAUUUCAAGAUCUUUAGGGCCAGAGUUUGGUGGAGCAGUAGGACUUUGUUUCUACUUGGGGACAACCUUUGCAGGAGCUAUGUACAUUCUUGGUACCAUUGAGAUUUUAUUGACCUAUAUUUCUCCAAGCGCUGCUAUAUUUAAAGUGACAGAUGUUGCUAAAGAAACAGAGGCUAUGCUGAACAACAUGAGAGUCUAUGGAACGUGUAUUAUCAUUCUGAUGGCCAUAGUAGUUUUUGUGGGAGUAAAGUAUGUCAACAAACUUGCACUGGUCUUCCUUGCCUGUGUGAUUCUUUCCAUCAUUGCCAUAUAUGCUGGAGUUAUUAAGACUGCUUUUGACCCACCUGACUUUCCUAUCUGUCUCCUCGGAAACCGUACAUUGUCAAAACGCAACUUUGAGGUCUGUGCCAAAUUUACUGAAAUCAAUAAUGAAACAAAGACUACACCUUUGUGGCGCCUGUUCUGUGAUAGUUCUUUGCUUAAUGCUACAUGUGAUGACUACUUUAGUCUGAAUAAUGUAACAGAAAUCCAAGGAAUUCCAGGAAUAAUGAGUGGAGUUCUAACUGAUAAUCUCUGGAGUGCCUAUUCAGAAAAAGGAUCAAUUGUUGAGAAAAAAGAUCAGCCAUCAGUUGCUGGAUCAGAAGAGUCAAAAAUGAGUGGUCUUCCUUAUGUUUUUACAGACAUCAUGACCUACUUCACAAUGCUUGUAGGGAUUUAUUUCCCAUCCGUGACAGGUAUUAUGGCAGGUUCAAACAGAUCUGGAGAUCUAAAGGAUGCUCAGAAAUCUAUUCCUACUGGAACAAUUUUGGCUAUUUCAACUACAUCUUUUAUUUAUCUCUCCUGUAUAGUGUUGUUUGGCGCCUGUAUAGAAGGUGUCAUAUUAAGAGAUAAGUUUGGAGAAGCAGUUAAUGGAAAUCUGGUGGUUGGUACACUGGCCUGGCCUUCUCCAUGGGUCAUUGUGAUUGGUUCAUUCUUUUCAACAUGUGGUGCUGGUCUCCAGAGUCUCACUGGGGCACCCCGGCUGCUGCAGGCCAUUGCAAGGGAUGGCAUUGUACCGUUUAUUCAAAUAUUUGGUCAUGGAAAAGCAAAUGGAGAACCAACUUGGGCGCUGCUCCUCACUGCUGGUAUUUGUGAAAUAGGAAUUUUGAUAGCCUCUUUGGACAGUGUAGCACCGAUUCUUUCAAUGUUUUUCCUUAUGUGCUAUAUGUUUGUAAAUCUGGCUUGUGCAGUUCAGACGCUUUUGCGAACUCCCAACUGGAGACCACGUUUCAAGUAUUACCACUGGACCCUUUCAUUCCUGGGGAUGAGUUUAUGUCUUGCCUUGAUGUUCAUUUGCUCUUGGUACUAUGCUUUGAUUGCCAUGCUAAUCGCAGGAUGUAUAUACAAAUACAUAGAAUAUAGAGGAGCGGAAAAAGAAUGGGGCGAUGGAAUCCGAGGACUGUCUCUGAAUGCGGCUCGCUAUGCUUUGCUUCGUGUUGAAGAUGGUCCUCCUCACACCAAGAACUGGAGACCUCAACUUUUGGUCUUGUUAAACUUGGAUAAUGAGCAGUUAGUGAAACACCCUAGAUUGCUUUCUUUUACCUCUCAGUUGAAGGCUGGUAAAGGACUGACUAUUGUGGGUUCUGUGCUUCAAGGAAUCUACUUAGAUAAAUGUACAGAAACUCAGAAAGCUGAAGAGAAUGUUAAGGCCUUAAUGGGUGUAGAAAAGACUAAAGGAUUUUGCCAGAUUGUGGUUUCUCCAAACUUCAGAGAUGGAAUAUCCUAUUUGAUUCAAUCAGCUGGUCUAGGAGGUAUGAAGCACAACACAGUCCUGAUGGCCUGGCCACAGUCGUGGAAGCAGACAGAAAAUCGUUUCUCAUGGAAGAAUUUUGUUGAUACUGUACGAGAAACAACUGCAGCUCAACAAGCGCUUUUGGUGGCUAAAAACAUUGACUUAUUUCCAACAAAUCAAGAACGUUUUACUGAAGGAAAUAUAGAUGUGUGGUGGAUUGUUCACGAUGGUGGUAUGCUGAUGUUGCUGCCUUUUCUCCUUCGACAGCACAAGGUUUGGAGAAAAUGUAGAAUGCGUAUCUUCACCGUCGCUCAAAUGGAUGAUAAUAGCAUUCAAAUGAAGAAGGAUCUUCAGAUGUUCUUAUACCACCUUAGACUGAAUGCUCAAGUGGAAGUUGUUGAAAUGUUUGAAAAUGAUAUUUCUGCAUUCACAUAUGAGAAGACACUUAUGAUGGAACAGCGAUCUCAGAUGCUGAAACAGAUGCAGCUAUCAAAGAAUGAAAGAGAAAGGGAGGCCCAGCUGAUCCAUGAUAAAAACACUGCCUCACGCUCUGCUCCGGCAGUUGAAGCAAGUGUGGCUGCUGCUGUGCCAGAGAAAGUGCAAAUGACCUGGACUAAAGAAAAGUUUGUAGCAGAAAAGCAUAAAAACAAGGAUUCAAAUGUGUCUGGCUUUAAAGAUAUUUUCAACAUGAAGCCGAAUCAGUCAAAUGUGAGAAGAAUGCACACUGCUGUGAAGCUCAACGGAGUAGUCCUUAAUAAAUCACAGGAUGCUCAGCUAGUUCUCCUGAAUAUGCCUGGACCUCCUAAAAACAGAAAAGGGGAUGAAAACUACAUGGAAUUUCUGGAAGUUCUGACAGAAGGUCUAGAUAGAGUUCUUCUAGUCCGAGGCAGCGGACGUGAAGUGAUCACCAUUUAUUCUUAAUAUGUUUUCAUGUGUUUUUCAAUCACAGCACACCCCCAACCAUAAGAAAAACAAGUUUUUUGCCAUAAUUUGAGCAACUUUAUUUUGUUCUAGUGCAUUGAAAAUUAGCUGCAAGCUGAAUCUUCUGAUGAUGUGUUCUUUUUUUCCUAGUAAGAUGUUAUAUUUAAAUAAUAUUUUAAGCAGAUUUAUGUAGAAAAUAAAUAAAUGGUGAAUGGCUUAGGAUAUUUAUAUGUAGCAUAUUCUGACACUUCUUGAGCUGUGGUAAAACAAAAAAUUGUUAAUGCAGUUGUAUUUUUAAAGAUCUAGAAAUGUGAGCAACUUUUGGUUAUUUUCAUCUUUGUCCUGCAUCUGAAUAAAAGGGAGGGGUUUCAGGAAAGGUUGUCUUUUUUUCUUACCAAAAUGCUGCUAUGUUGCUUCUGUUGGAACUACAGUCGUGGUUCAGGAACCUUCCUUCAGAGAUGUACACAGCCAGUCAAAUUUGUAUAUGAUAUGAAUUAAGUGUUUCCCAGAAGUUCAUGAUUUGCUAUACCUGUUAAAAAGAACAAUUCUGUAUUUAAAAUACCUAGGUAGCUGAAAUCUCCAGGUGAUAGUAAACAGACAAACUGUGUGGGUUCUUUUCCAUGAGGUACUGACAGCUACCGUUAUAUUGUACCGAUGAUUAUACCAAUCAUGAAACAUGAGAGAGCAUCCUACUCAAUGGCUAUGGUGCAGAAACUCCACCCAGUUCCAAAUAUAAUUCAACAGUUGAUAAACCACAGCAUGGUGGUUAAUGAAAUGCAGUCUCUUGUUUUCAGAAAUGUAUAUUUGGAAAUGUUGUAUGUAUGUGCUGCUGUUUGAAAUAAAAUCUGCUUUUCUGAACU